AGUUAUCCUAACUUCUGCCCUGAAAAAAUCCCACAGCGCUAGCGGCGCCGGAUGUGUUCCAGCCACUCCCGGAAGUGACUCGACUUUUGCACGCCCCUCUUUCUCCAUUAGCGCCCCCCCAACAUUGCUAUUUCCCUCCCUCCCCCCUUUUCGUUUCCGGCUCUCCCGCCUUCUUUCCGCAGAGCUCUUCUCUGAGCCUGUUGGGGGGGAGGGAGGGAGGGGGGCGUGGAGGAAUUGGGGUUCGCGGGAGCAAGAACUGCAGCACCACUUCCGGGUGAGUGCAAGGGGAGGGAGGCAGGGAGGGGGGCCACCCACCGCCUUGCGCCCCCGCCCUGCGGGUGUCUCGCGCGCGUUCCGUGCGUGUGAGUGUGUGAGUCUGUCUCGCGCCAGAAGUGCGUGCCCGCGCCGUACGCCUUGCGCUCUCCCCCCUCCCUCGCCCCCUUUUGGACCUCCCACCCCACUCGGCUCCCUCCUUUCCCAGCAAACGCCGCCCCUCCCGCGCUUUGGCUCAGGCUCUGGCGCCGCCGCAGCCGUCGCCUCCGGAAAGUUCAGGAGCCCUGGAAAGGAGAAGGAAUAAGACGGCAGGAAGAAGAGAGAGAGAGGGUAGAAUGGAAGAAUCUCACUUCAAUUCUAACCCAUACUUCUGGCCUUCUAUCCCCACAGUCUCAGGACAGAUUGAGAACACAAUGUUCAUCAACAAGAUGAAGGAUCAGCUGUUGCCAGAAAAGGGCUGUGGGCUGGCUCCACCUCACUACCCCACCUUGCUGACAGUGCCUGCCUCAGUGUCCCUGCCCUCAGGCAUCAGUAUGGACACAGAGUCCAAGUCAGACCAGCUGACCCCACACAGCCAAGCGUCUGUUACCCAGAAUAUCACGGUGGUCCCUGUGCCGUCUACAGGACUGAUGACUGCUGGUCCGGGUUUGGUAAUCACGUCCCCCUCAGGCUCUCUUGUGACCACAGCAUCAUCAGCUCAGACCUUCCCCAUUUCGGCUCCCAUGAUUGUCUCAGCUCUUCCCCCUGGCUCACAAGCCCUGCAGGUGGUCCCUGACCUCUCCAAGAAGGUAGCCUCAACCCUAACUGAGGAAGGAGGCGGAGGUGGUGGUGGAGGUGGCAGUGUGGCUCCUAAACCACCCCGCGGCCGAAAGAAGAAGCGGAUGCUGGAAUCAGGGCUGCCUGAGAUGAAUGACCCUUACGUCCUCUCUCCUGAGGAUGAUGAUGACCAUCAGAAAGACGGCAAGACCUACAGGAGCGAAGGGAACUGCGGCACAGGAAAUGGACAGAGCCUUGGGCUCAUGGAUUCAGUUCCCGGCUCCACCACGAACUUGCUGUGUGACCCUGGGUGCCGGAUGUGCUCACUGACAUUCUACUCAAAGUCGGAGAUGCAGAUCCACUCCAAGUCACACACCGAGACCAAGCCCCACAAGUGCCCACAUUGUUCCAAGACCUUCGCCAACAGCUCCUACCUGGCCCAGCACAUCCGUAUCCACUCAGGGGCUAAGCCCUACAGUUGUAACUUCUGUGAGAAAUCCUUCCGCCAGCUCUCCCACCUUCAGCAGCACACCCGGAUCCACUCCAAGAUGCACACGGAGACCAUCAAGCCCCACAAGUGCCCGCACUGCUCCAAGACCUUCGCCAACACCUCCUACCUGGCCCAGCACCUCCGUAUCCACUCGGGGGCCAAGCCCUACAACUGUUCCUACUGCCAGAAGGCCUUUCGCCAGCUCUCCCACCUCCAGCAGCACACACGAAUCCACACUGGUGAUAGACCAUACAAAUGUGCACACCCAGGCUGUGAGAAAGCCUUCACACAACUCUCCAAUCUGCAGUCCCACAGACGACAACACAACAAAGAUAAACCUUUCAAGUGCCACAACUGUCAUCGAGCGUACACGGACGCAGCCUCACUAGAGGUGCACCUGUCAACGCACACGGUGAAGCAUGCCAAGGUGUACACCUGCACUAUCUGCAGUCGGGCAUACACAUCAGAAACAUACCUUAUGAAACAUAUGCGCAAACACAACCCUCCUGAUCUUCAGCAACAAGUGCAGGCAGCAGCAGCAGCGGCAGCAGUGGCCCAGGCCCAGGCCCAGGCCCAGGCCCAGGCUCAGGCUCAGGCUCAGGCUCAGGCCCAGGCCCAGGCCCAGGCGCAGGCUCAGGCUCAGGCCCAGGCCCAAGCCCAAGCCCAGGCCUCCCAGGCAUCACAGCAGCAGCAGCAGCAGCAGCAGCAACAGCAGCCACCACCACACUUCCAGUCUCCUGGGGCAGCCCCCCAGGGUGGGGGUGGUGGGGACAGCAACCCCAACCCACCACCCCAAUGUUCCUUUGACCUGACUCCCUAUAAGACAGCAGAGCAUCAUAAGGACAUCUGUCUCACUGUCACCACCAGCACCAUCCAGGUGGAGCACCUGGCCAGCUCUUAGAGAUCCGUGCUGCCACCCACUGGGAAGAGGAAGAAGUCCUGGUUUCUUCUUUCUCCGACUCCUCUUGGUGGGAAAAGUCCUCUUCUUCCUUGACAGGCCUUGGCUCCAUCUCCUUGGGCCUCAGGCAUGGCUUUCCUCCACAAGAUACCAUCCUUUUUCUGAACUCUUCAAAAGGAACAUCAGCCCUCCUGAUUGCAAAGGAAUACUGAGCUUAUGGUGUCAUCCAGCAGCCUCCCCUCCCAAGCAAAGCUUUUAAAAUUGGGGAUUGGUGCUCAAGGGAAGGAUUUGCUAUGACCUCAUAGAAACGUGUCCAGCGUGGUAACUUACCCUAUCCUUACCUUCCUUAUCCUCAAAGUUUGGGCUGAUAGAAGACUAGAGGCUGGUCCUCCCAGAUUACAGAGAAAAGGGAGCCCCAAAUGCAACCAGCCUCUUGUUCUAUUCUUGCCUGCAAAAGAACAGAGGUUUCUUACAUGCCUCAGUCCCUGAGAGCCAUUUCUUCCCCUACAUCGUCUCACUUCACUUCCUAUUGACUGCUGGUCAAAGGAGAUUUGGGGGUAGGGGUUAGACCUCCUUUUAUUUGAAGGGGGCAGGGGCUGAGAUGUGGUCCCCAAGGGGCCAGAAUUUCCCAAGUUGGUCACAGGUGGCUUAGAAAUGUGGGUUAUGGUUUUACAGAUUUCCUUGGAGCCUCGCUCCUUCUCUGCCUACAUAGACCCUACACUCUCUGUCCCCAGCCCAUCCCCCAAGGAGCUGUGGGAGGCUUUGUGUUCUUUGUGAAACUCCAAAACAGGGAUGUUGCAGAGAAGGGAGAGUUCAAGGCAAACACAAGGACUGGACUUAGCUCCCUAGGUGCCACGGUCAGAAGCCGGACACGAUUUAUAUAUAAAUAUAUAUAUAUAUAAAUAUAUUAUACCCACUCAUCACGGCCAUCAUUGUUGUAACCAUUUCUGUGUUUAUAAAUGCAUUAUCUCAGAAUUUUCA